GCUGGGAAACACGAGACGAGUCGUGUAUUCAUGUUCCCGGGCGCGUCUGAAUAAAGCGGAGAGGCGAAAGCGGCUCGUGUGGUUUGCGCACAGGAUCUUACAGCGGAGAACAUGUGAGAGGGAAUGGGAAACUGGAAACUGGAUUACACUUUACAGAAAGACGCAAAAGGGGUUACGUUCAGGAUUUUGACAAAGCGCAGAGGCUCGGUCGAGUAGGACAUCCCCACGGCGGUCAAAGCGCUUUACGCGGACACGGGAAAAUAAGGACUAAUAUACCAAAGAUGAACACAAUUGUGUUUAAUAAGUUAAGCAGCCAGGUUUUAUUCGAGGAGAAGGCGAAUGAAGUGGAAAGAAGUAGUCGAAAUUAUUUAGAGGUGAUAGAUGGACAGCAUCCGGACCUGCUCGCCAGCAGCCCAAUCAUCAAAGACAGCUCCGCUAUCCGACACAGGAGACCCGGGUCUCGUCAGAACCCAGGAAAGAUACGGCAUAAACGGCAAGCUCUGCAAGACAUGGCCCGGCCUUUGAAACAGUGGCUCUACAAACAUCGGGACAAUCCGUACCCCACUAAAACAGAGAAAAUCCUUCUUGCGCUUGGCUCACAAAUGACACUUGUGCAGGUGUCUAACUGGUUUGCAAAUGCUCGACGGCGGCUGAAGAACACAGUUAGGCAGCCUGAUUUGAGUUGGGCCCUUAGGAUCAAACUCUACAACAAAUACGUCCAGGGCAAUGCGGAAAGACUGAGCGUCAGCAGCCAUGACUCUUGCUCUGAUGAUAUUGACCCAGCAGCACGGGCCCAGGUCGGGGAGUUCAGUAAGCCAAUGUACCAGAGCGUCAUCAAGAAGGAAGGUGGUGCUGUGGGUGCUGGUCUUCGAGCCGCAGCAGACGCCUCAUUGUCUGAUGACUAUGUGUCACCGCCCAAAUACAAGAGCAGCCUGUUGCACCGUUACCUUAACGACUCACUCCAUCAUGUGAUGGUUGCCAACGGUGUAAUGGAUGCAAGGAGGAGGAACCACUCAGGCUCUUUCAGCUCUAACGAGUAUGAUGAAGACCUGCUGUCACCAUCUUCUUCUGAAGCAGAGGCCAACUUUAUCUACAGACAUGAGACGGUGGAGCAUGGAUCAAAUAAAUCAGACAGCAUGAAGAAGGAGAAGGGACAGAGGAAAGACGAGACAUACUGGAGGGAGAUCAAUGCGGCCAUGGCCCUCACUAACCUGGCUCAGCCCAAGGACACAGCCACCGCCGCCACCACCAGCUGCAUCAUCCAGAAAUCCUCACACAUAGCUGAAAUCAAGACUGUUAAAGUGCCCAUCCUGCACAAAUACUAAUGCACACAAACAUACGCAGAAGAUCCCGCUCUUCUACUUUUGGAAUUCAGUUGUUUUGAAAAUUGUUUAUUACUUUGAGGUACUGAUAAAUAAUACAUUUUCUUGGUUCGUUUUUAUUGUUAUUAUGAGUACGAUGAAGUGCCCUGAAAUGCAGCGAUUGUAUCGUUCACCGAUUUGUGCAUUUCUCCUUUGGGUCGUACAAGCUUUUUUGAUAAGUGUUGAUGAAUUGUCAGUAACGACAGUAUUUCUGAACGAGACACUUUUGCAAUGUUAACUUAUUUUGAUAUUAAUCAGAAAUUUGUAUUGUAUCGCACCAAAGUGCCUUCAUGCAUCUCAAAAGAGAGUUUAGUGAGAAUGUACAGUUCAUGUCCUCUCUGAAUGAAAUAAAUGGUUGAAACGA